AUGUGCAAAUCUUUUAAAUAUGUUCAUGAGGUCACUCCUAUCCCCCAUGAUGUUAUCAAAAGACAAGUCCAUGAUGGGUUGUCGACUAAGUUUUGGCUGGACUCCUGGCUAGAUGGCGAGACCCUUGCUACACAGUUCCCUCGUCUUUUAUCUUUGGAAGUAGAUCAAAACUGUUUGGUUUAUGACCGAAUUGCUAGCGUGAACAGAAAUUGGAAUUGGCGAAGAGGCAUUCGUUCAUGUAGAGAGCAAGAGCAUCUAGAUUUAAUGUUAAAGUUUAUUGGUGAGUUUAAGUUGUCGACUGGAAAUGAUGUGUGGUCUUGGAAUUACCGUGGCGGGGAGAAUUUUCAAGUAUCCAACUUACGUCAUGCACUAGAUACUUUCUUGUUACCUGCUGACAACUUCAGUACACCUUGGAAUCCAUGGCUUCCAAAAAAGAUCAACAUUUUCACUUGGAGAUUGUUUCGUGAUCGCUUGCCAUCUAGGAUUAACUUGGCAUUGCGUAGAGUUCCUAAUAUCUCAUUAACCUGCCCUAUUUGCUUCUCGGACCUUGAUUUGAUCGAGCACACCUUUAAUACUUGUAGGGUUGCUAGUGAUUGGAGAACCCUUCUUUCAAGAUGGCUACAACUUUCUAUACCAGACUACAAUCCUAUUGAUAUACGGAAUUGGAUGGACAGUGUGCAUGGUUCUGCUUCGUAUAAGCAAAUCCUUCUUGGUAUAUUUUCUAGUUGGUGGUGGAUAUUAUGGAAGAAUAAGAAUCAGGCAGCCUUUCAACUUGAUUACGAUACCAACAACACUUUAUUUCUAUCUACUGUUACCCCUUUCUUUUUAUGGUUAUCUUCGCGUUGUAAUAAGUUUCUUUAUCGUGGCCUUCAUGGCAAGUUACUCCUUCUCUGUUGA